UUUAAACAAUUCAGCGCCGCGCUGCGCUGCAGUGAAAGACCGCACGAUCUCCUCUUACCAAAUUGGUAAAUGUAGGCAGAUGGAGAUCUGUGAAAAAGGGUGGGCACCGGUUUACAGGACAACAUCUUUACAGUAGUAUCACUUUGUAUAGCUUAUGUUGUAGCUUAACAACUGAUUGAGUGACUUUAAACGUACUGUUGUUUUUUUUUUUGUUGUUUUUUUUUUUUUGCGUUGAGUCUCACAACGUUUUGCAGGCUAUAUCCUACAAAGUCUUACAUAGUAGACAUACUUUUGAGUGUACUGAUUUGGGAGACAGAAGUCGCUUAUUUUCUCACAUUACCAAAGUUUCCAACUGGGAUUGUUUUCCUCAACAUGGGUCCCUUUUUUGCAUUGAUAAUAUCACUGAGCUGUUUGGGUAAGUUGUUGGGGUGUCAACUUCCCCAAGACUGGAGACCCCAGACCGAGUCGUGCAGGGCUGAGCUAGCAGAGAUCAUUGUUUUUGCUAAAGUGCUGGCUCUCCACAAGGAUUCUUACAGCGUUUACAACUAUCUGCCCUGGCAAUAUAACACGGACCUCUUUUAUUCGGCGGAGAUUGAGAUGCUGUGCGACCAGGCGUGGGGCAGCAUGCUGGAAGUGCCAGCCGGGUCCCGGUUCAAUGUCACAGGGCUUGGGUACUUUCCAUGCUACUCUUACAGCGUUGUGGAGAACAAUGCAUAUUACUUCUUCUUAAGGAUGGAUGAGAAUUACAACAUCGUCCCGCAUGGAGUUAACUUCCAGGAUCCCAUUUUCACAGAUACAGCAGAGAAUCGACGCAUGUUUGCCAGCCUCUUCCAGUUCGCAAACUGUUCCAGUGGAACCCAGAUCGAAACCUACACCCCGGACUGGGAGUUCCAGGAGGACAGCAGGUUGCUAUGCUCCACGGUGCAAAAGGCCCUGUUUGAGGAGGAGGAGCGAGUGAAGACGCUCUCACAGAAAGUGCGCUCGCUGGAGAAGGCUAACAACCACCUGAGGGACAAGGUGAGGAAGAUGAAGCGCUCCAUACGACAGGUCAAGAUGGAGAGCAAGCGAGAGACCCUGCUGGCCAAGCAGCGGCGUGAGAAGGAGAAGGUCGUCAAGCAGGACACGAGCAAGGACCAACUCAAGAAGCCUCUCAAGAAAAUAAUCAGCAACAAACUGAAAAAAUGAACACAUUUUAUAAAAGUGAAGAAAAAGGCGCAAGCCUCUCUGCUGGGUGGCAGGCAAAUAAUGUAAUUCCCAAAUGAAUUCCCUAAGGAACAGACCCAUAUUUAACAGGUAUAUGUACUUUGUAUGCAUAUGAGAUAGUAGGCCCUAUUAUAAAUUAUAAACUAUUUAACUUUAAUUGGAUUGAUGCUUUUUUCUGUUUUUAAAAAUGUGUUUCAAGAGGGCAGCAAAACAAUUAAAUUAACACAAGUGGUGGGAAUAUCAAAUAGAGCCAUGUAUCACACAGUAUAUCAGUACAAUAUCAUAUUAUGAUAUUGAUGAUUAAGGUACUUCACUAGGAUUUUUGCUGCUCCCAGUGAAAGUCACAUUUGAAUUUUCCACAUUGCAUUAAGACACCUUUAUUGCUCGAGUUGCACACAUUAACAUUCCCUCUUAAUUAAAUUAAUUUAAACACAAACAAUGUCUUUAUGGAAGAUGGCCACAGUGAAUUGAUACGUUGUGAGAUUCGCUCUGUGGUAUUUCUAAGGCAAUAGGAAGGUGAUCAACUUUAAACAAGCAACUAAGCAGUACAGCCUAAAUGGGUGCUUUUUCAAUGGCUACUUUGGCAGUUGUAUGCAGUAAAAAAAUUUAAGUGCAAUUUCUUUCACUUUACAUAUUUGGGGUGGGUAAAAAAAAUCUGAGUAUAUCUACAGCGAUAGAGUAGAAACUAAAGUGCUAUAUGUGUGUGAACUGUGAGUGCUGAGCACUUGUUAAACCUCCACUCAUAUCAGUGUUACAGCUAAACAGACUGUAUUUUGUGGUUGAUAGUCAAACUGCAGGCAGCUCACAGAUUAUAACUAUAAUCUCCCACCAUCUAAAAAUAAUAAUAUUUUGUAUUGCAAGCAUAGUGUCUAGCACAAGUGUUAGUUUAGAAUGUAUGUUAUUGUUAUUCUAAUUGUUGUACUCAAAUACAAAAUAAAAUUCUUUUUCAUUUUCA